AUGUCAAGCUUUCAACUUCCACCGGUUGAGGGGAUUCCAACUCUUACCACCACCGAGCGGACAGCUGUUCUUGACGCACUUUUCGAACCUUGUACCGCCCUUCAUACCUUAUCUCUAGAUUUUCUUCACGAUAAGAAGUUCACAUCCUACAAUGAUCUCAUCGCAAGUAUAGGCGUUCAGUUGUCGGAUCUCUCGGAGAGCCCAUCUACCAGUGACUCAAAAUGGCUUGACAAAAUUCUUGGAGCUCAUCCAAGACUUGGUGAGAAGAAAGUCGAAAGUGCACAGGCCAAAGCAGAGCAAGCCCAGCUGAAUACUGGUGGCGAGCAAGAGGCAGUGGAGCUUCGAAAUUUAAAUGAUGAAUAUGAGAAAACAUUCCCCGGUCUUAGAUACGUUGUUUUUGUUAAUGGGAGAUCGCGACCCGUCAUCAUGGAAAGCAUGCGCGAGAGGAUCGCUAGAGGAGAUAUCAACCUUGAGCGAGCAGAGGCUAUCAAGGCAAUGUGUGAUAUCGCAGCGGAUCGCGCUAUUAAACUCCAAUAA